UGGAGGAGCGCGGGGGUCACAGUCGCAUCUUCUCAGCCUGACACGCAGCAUCAUCGGCCGAGAGGAGCGACAAACUUUCAAUCGGGCUCGACAGCGCGGUCUCAGCCCUCUGUCACCUCCGAACCCGAACCUUCUGUCACCUCCGGACCCGGGUCAGCCAGCCGUUACUGCAUGGAGUCCUUCCGCGGCUGAACUUUGCUCUGCCUUGCAGUGUUCGCGUUUCUCUUUCAUUCUCGCAGAAGCGCCGUCGGCUACGGAUUUAUUUCACACCUGAGUCCGGAUGUUAGUCCAUACUUACUCGGCCAUGGAGCGCGCUGACGGAUUAAAUGGGACCCCGCCAGGAGGCCGCCUAUCCCAGCUCUCAUCCCUCAACCAGGCGGGUUACUCCUCGGCUCCCCCGCUCUGUCACACCCCGUCCUCCGACUUCCAGCCGCCCUACUUCCCGCCGCCAUACCCGCAGCCGCCCCUGUCCUACUCUCAGAGCCAGGAGGCCGGCUAUGUGCAUCUCUCUGACCCCUACUCAUCCAUCAACCAGCUCCACCAGCACCAGCAGUCAGCCUGGCACUCGCAGAGGGCGCGCCAAGAGGAAGCGGGGCUGCUGUCCCAGUCACACCGGGCUCUGAGUCUCGAUCCUCGCAGAGAAUACGGAGUUCCGCGGCUUCUCCACGGACUCGGGGAUGGGGGUCCCGGGCUGACAGAGGCCUCGCUGGGGCUGCACGGGUUGGGGCACCACGGACUGGAAGACAUUCAGGGUAUGGAUGACGCUUCUCCAAUGGCACUGCUGGAUCACUCCGUCAUUAAGAAAGUGCCCCUCCCCUCCAAGAUGAACGGCAGCUCCAUCUCUGCGCUCUCCCUCAGCAAGGACGGCCUGAUCGGAGGGGUGACCAACCCCAACGAGGUCUUCUGCUCCGUCCCGGGGCGCCUGUCUCUGCUCAGCUCCACCUCCAAGUACAAGGUGACAGUCGGGGAGGUGCAGCGCCGGCUCUCCCCCCCGGAGUGUCUCAACGCAUCCCUGCUGGGAGGAGUGCUGCGCAGGGCGAAGUCAAAAAAUGGGGGCCGCUGUUUACGAGAGAGGCUGGAGAAGAUUGGCUUAAAUUUACCUGCAGGCAGGCGCAAGGCAGCCAACGUGACUCUCCUGACAGCACUGGUGGAAGGUGAGGCAGUACACCUGGCUCGUGAUUUUGGAUAUUUGUGUGAGACAGAGUUUCCAGCGAAAGCAGCAGCCGAGUACGUGAGCCGCCAGCACGCGGACCCCUCAGACCUGCACACACGCAAGAGCAUGCUGCUGGCCACCAAACAGAUCUGUAAGGAGUUUGCAGACCUGAUUGCUCAGGACCGCUCUCCGCUGGGUAACAGUCGCCCUGCUCCCAUCCUGGAGCCCGGGGUGCAGAGCUGCCUGACGCACUUCAGCCUCAUCACACACGGCUUUGGGACUCCUGCCCUCUGCGCAGCACUCACCGCCUUCCAGAACUACCUGCUGGAGGCGCUCAAGAGCCUGGACAAGUCCUUCCUGAGCACCAAUGGGCAUGGAGAUCCAGGGAGCAAGGGGGGCAGCGACAAGGAGAUGAAACACCGCAAAUAAGAACCUGCCUGCCUUCCUGACUGACCGGCACUCAGGAGAUACACAGACAGACAGAAAUAUA